UGACAAAAGCACAAAUGCAGUCGCAUUUGUAACUUUAAGAUUUUGAGGAGAUAGUUUAUUUUUACUAAAAUUAGUUUCAUUGUUUAUUUUGGAAUCGAAGUUUACGUAAAUGGCUGCAACUGCAGUUAUAAAAGGACCUGUUAUAGGCAUUCGACAUCUUCAAACUCUACUACUUUUCUUCUCAAUUCUGGUAAACUAUGCUGGAAGACUCAACAUUUCUGUUUCAUUGGUUGCCAUGACAAAUGCAGAUACCACAAAUCCUGAUUUCCAUGAAUUUGAUUGGGAUGAAAAGCAAAGAUCUUAUGUUAUAAGUAGUUUCUAUUGGGGUUACUUUAUUACCCAAUUUCCAGGUGGUUAUAUGGCCCGGAAGUUUGGUGUUAAAGCUACAAUUUUGAUGGCAACACUUGGAUCUUCACUUCUGAAUAUAAUAGUUCCAUUGUGUGUUUACUGGGGUGGUUGGCAGAUUUAUUGUGGCAUUCGUAUACUUCAAGGUCUAUUUCAGGGAAUGGUUUUUCCAUGUGUUCAUGAGCAUCUAGCCAAAUGGUCUCCUAUUGACGAGAGAACCCGUUUGGGUGGACUAAGCCAUACUGGAAUUGAAUGUGGAACAAUUGUUGCUAUGGGUUUAUCGGGUAUUAUAGCUGGAUCGAGUCUUGGAUGGCCUGGGAUAUCUUAUGUGUUCGGAGGAAUUGGAAUUGUAUUUUGCGUUCUUUGGAUGAUUUUCGCAGAUAACACUCCAUCGGAAGCUCGAUUUAUAACAGAUGAAGAGAAAAUAUACAUUCUAACUUCACAAGAAAGUGCUGGUGGAAAUGAUUCAGAACGAAAAAUUCCAAUUCCAUGGAAAGCUAUAUUCACCUCAAUUCCAUUUCUUUCUUUGCUGAGUGUGAGAAUAUUACAAGGAUGGGGUUUUACAACAAUGCAAGCUCAAAUUCCAGCUUAUCUUCAUGGAGUAUUGAAAAUGGAUAUUAAAAGUAAUGCAUUGUAUUCAACACUUCCCUACUUGACAAUGUGGAUUCUUUCGAAUGUCUAUUUAAUAGCUGCUGAUAUCAUAUUGAAAAAUAAAUGGGCAUCUUUGAAUGUGACGAGAAAAACCAUGAACACAAUUGCUUUAUGGAUUCCAGCUGCAUUGUUAAUUGGAAUUGGGUUUCUUGACGAAAAUCAAAAGGCUCUUGCUGUCACUUUUAUGACACUGAAUGUAGGCUUAAAUGGAGGACAAACGAUUGGAAGUUCUUUGAACACAAUCGAUUUAUCACCAAAUCAUGCUGGAAUUUUGAUGGGUAUAGUCAAUUCGAUAGCUAAUAUUGUCCCGAUUUUGACGCCCAUUGCUGUGGGGAUAAUUGUUUAUGAUGAGACUCAAAGAACACAAUGGCAAAUAGUUUUCGCUAUCGCAGCUGUACUCUUCUUUUUGGGAAACUUGCAAUUUCUUAUUUUUGGUACAACUGAUACUCAACCGUGGAAUGAUGAAAAUUUCAUUAAGGCUGAAAGUGGUCUAAAUGGAAGGAAAACUUCUGAGACUCAUGAAAGAAAUCUAAGCAAAGCUAAUCUCGAAGUAUAUUGAAAUUAA